AUGAACGAGUCUAAGGCAAGACCUCGGAAGAAGGGAGCUCCUACUCAAACUGAGAAGUCUACGAAGGAAGCACCAAAGAAAAAGGCAACAGGGAAGAAGAGAAAGUUGAAAGAGGAGGAGUCUGAGGACUCGGACUCAACAGUUGUCUCCAGAUCUGCUGAAGAUGACCUUGAAGAGGUGCAAGACGACCUUGAGGAGGCUACAGAAGUGAGAAUGGAGGAGGUGACACAACGAAGAGAAGAGACAGAAGCCAGAAGAGGAGAGACAGAAGACAGACGAGACGAGACAGAAGACAGAAGAGAAGAGACAGAUUACAGAAGUGACAAGGACAGAGAUUAUAGGCAUGAUGAGGCCACAGCAGAUGGAACAGAGGCGGUCACAUCAAAGAAUGGUAGGCCUACCAUUGAAGACGCAGACACCUAUAAAUAUGUCGCAGUGUACUUCUCGCACCCAAAGCCUCAGUACUUCUGGGGGAAAAUUCUUAAGGUAUUUUCAAGUGACGAAGAAACUGAAGUGACGCAGGUGGAGGUCGAUUUUUUGCAGAAGAAAGCGAUCUCCAGUGACCCUUCAGCAUGGACCUGGGCUGAGAAGACGGUUAAAGAGGUCCUAAUCAUUGACACCAAAUUCAUCGUGUUUGGGCCUCUGGUCCCUGACGUAAAGAAGAACAUAUUCCGCUUUCCAGAUGUUCAGGCCAUGGCCUCUCUUCGAGAAUUUGAACAGAGGGAUGAUUAAGGAAGAAAACACUAUAAGGAAGAAAAACACUUUUAUUUCUCCUAGAAAAACACUUUUAAUUCUCCUAGAAUACAUUAUGUAUCAGCUUUAAGGCCAGGCUAAGUAAGCUAGCCUUGUAAUGUGGGCUAUAUCAUCUUUGUUUUUUGUUUGAAUAUAUUUAGUUGAUAAUUUCUGUCUUUAUCUAUCCUAUAGUAUGCCAAAUUACCUUCAAAUAAACGAAUUACAGACCGAUAGUUAAUUGCCCCACGAAAAUCGUCAUUUACCCCACUGGGGCAAAUGGCGAUUGCACCACUAAAUUCGAUCUCUAUUUAAAACAACAAGAUUUUCAAAAUCUUUCAAUACGGGGAUAGAAGCAUAAUGUAUCAACACACUGUGUGGUACCUAGU